UGCCUGCUGAACACAGACUGGACAACUGUUGAGUGGAGGAGAGUGCGCAAAGGGAUGUGACAGACUCUCUUUUUUUAAUUUUUAAAUUGGACUUUUUAUUUUAUUUGCUUUCUCACCAAGACACUGGUCAUGUCUGAGAGCAUCGUGAGGAAGGUGCAGCCCUUCACCAUAGGGACGAGACUGUCGGUCCCCGCUGUGCCAAAAUGCCAGGAUUUUACGCAGAGCUAUCUGCAGAGCACGAGUCUGGAUAACUGCGCGCUGCAGCACAACCUGAACUCUCUGUACCUGGGCCGAUCCCAGGUCUGUGCGCGGGACCCCUGCCUCGUCUCGCCCGUCGUCAAGCAAGUAACCCCCGUGAAACGCGACCAGGAGGAGCACAUGGCAGCGGAGGACCACCUGAACCAGAACGUCGCCUCCUCAUCCUCCACCGCCGUCUCCAGAUCCAUCAAGAAGAUCACCAUCUCUGGGAAAGAGAGGUCAGAGAGCACGGGGCCAGCACAGCAGCUUUCUGUCACAGGGUCCACAUCCGAGAACAACAAUAACAACAACAACAACGUCACCAGCACCUCAGAUCCACAGCUGCCCAUGAUUGUGGGAGUGAGCUGUGAGAAUAAGCCUCAUUCUCAGUUCAAGGUCUUACUCAGAAAAGAUGGGAGUGAUGAAUAUCAGCCCACACACGGAGAAACCGGGGUGAGACUGAACGGAGAGAAAUAUGAGCAACAGAUCUCAGUCCCUGAGUCACAGAAGAAAGAGCCCCAGCGGACAGAGAGUCACCCACACACUCAGAGUGAAGCCUCGGCAGCGGCUGCGUCCCACAGCGACUGCUUCACCCAGCGCAACUCGCUCUUCAACAAGGAAGUGCUGCAGGCUGAGGCAUGGAUCAGAAGCAAACUGCAGGAACUGAAGGAGGGCUGCAACAUUCAGCGCUGCCCCCUGCAGGACUGGGAGGAGGCCUCGCAGACGCUCCAGAGGGACCUCAAAGACUUUGAGAACACGCUCAUUCAACUCAACCAGAUGGGCGAGCAGCUGAUCUGCAAGCUGAACCCCACGUCCGACCUGGUGAAGAAGCAGCUGGGCCAGCUCAGGGACCAGUGGCAGAGCCUGAAACUGACAGCUGCAAGUCAGACGAGGGCCCUCGGAGGGGCCAAGAACCUGCAGGAGUUCAACAAGAAAGUGGACAAGCUGGAGGCAUGGAUUAAAGAGAAGCAGGAAGAGGAGCCGUCUCUGGUGAACGUCCUGGGGGAAAAUGUUGACAAAAUGCAGCUGACCAGGAGAAUUUUAGAUCUAAAACAGGAAGAGCAGCUCUACAGAAACCUCCACGAGGAGAUCAACCACUUGGCUCUAAAGCUGGAGAAACAGGGGAAGACAGAUGGCAAGAACAUCUCCACCAGGAGGAAACACAUCAAUAAAAUGUGGCUGAAGGUCCAGUCUCAUCUGAAACACUACCAUGCAAAUCUUCAGCUGGCUCUGGAGGUGUCCUCCUUCUACCAGCAGGCUGAUAACACACUGUUAGCCAUCAACAACAUGAGGAAAAGCCUAUCCACAUCCAAGGAGCGGGACGGCCUUGGCGACAGAGAGAUCCGUGACAUUGCCAGUCAGAUCAUGAUGCUGGACGUGAGCGUGUCCCAGCUGUCCAAUCUGCAUCCGGCCCUGGCCGCCGGCGUCACGCAGAAGCAGAGUGAGGUGAAGGACUGCUGGGCACUUCUUCAUAAACUUUUCAGGAGUGACAGGACCGCGCUCUCUCCCACUGGUUCCACUUUCACCAGGGAAGACGGUGACCCCCUGACACUGGCGAGUGAACCCCAGGGCAAUGUGGGAACGGAGGCACAAAGGAUCAUGGGAAAGGAGGUGAAGGAGGAGCAGAAUCGUCUGAAAGGCUGUGUGAGUACCGAUGAAUGUGAGAAUGGCAGGAGAACGCUGUGCAGCCAGAGCCAGGAGCAGCCAUCAGUGAACCACACCUCUCCGCCCGUGGGAGACAGUGAUGUCAUCGUCAGACAUCGACUGAAGGCAGAAAGCAGGAAGCCCGGGACGGAGCCCAAACUCGCCGCUGCCCCUCCAGGCCACCCACAGCUCCACACGCAGCUUCAGAAGUUUACCAUAUCUGCUGACAAGACUCUGUCCUGGCUGAAGGACAACGUGUCCAUGGCCACGCAGGUGUGUUCCAUAGCAAGCUUCGAGGGCCUGGAGUCAGCCAGGAGGUGUCAGCGCACCCUGGAACAAGACAUCCUCACCAACAGAGCCAGGAUAGAGGUGGUCAAAAGGGAGGGCCGCGGGCUGGUCCGGGCUCAGCACCCCGGCAGCGCCAGGAUCGAGGAGUUCCUCGGCCAGCUGGACGUCCUGUGGGAAGAGCUGCGGAGGAGGCACCAGAGGAACGCCGUGUUUCUGCAGGCCUCAGAGGAGCUGGGUUUUAGGGUUGUGAAAGUGCUGCAGGCCCUGGGCAGCCUGGAGGCUUGGCUGGAGUCUGUCGAACUCUCCAUGAAGGAAUCUGCGCUCGCCGGUGACCCUGAAACGAUGAGCGUGGCGGAGAGGGAGAGCUGUCUGCUGGAGAAAGAGGUGGCGGCGCGCAGCCUGGAGCUCGGCGCCCUGAGGCAAGAGGUGGACCGUCUCCACGGCCACAGUCACCCGCUCACACAGCGGCUGCCAGCGCGCAUGGACGAGGUGGAAAGAAAGUACCAUCGUGUCCAGAGCGCCCUGACCCAGCAGAGCUCAGAGCUGCAGGACACAAGGAUGCUGACGGAGUUCCUGGAGCGCGUGGAGCUUGAGGAGAGCCAGGACGGUUGCCGGUACAGCCUGGGCCAGCCUCUCCACGGUGAGAUUUCCACCGCUCCUUCAUUGCUGGGACUCCAGAGCAGUGGCGGUGGUGGUGGGGAGCCCCUGCUAGAAACCAUGGGGGACCCUGUGGAGGAACUGCGUGAGGCCGUAGAGAUGCUGAACGACACUGUGAGGGAAAGAGGGCGAUCGCAGAGCCAUGACCAAGCCAUCCAGGACCUGCUGAGCAAGCACGCCGGCCUCGCUGUGCGCGUGGAGGAGUGCUUGUGCUGCGGCAAGGAGCUCGGCCUGGACGUCCUGGAGAGGGAGACGGACUUGGCCAUCCAGUGCGAGCCAGAGCGCUGCGGCCUGGAGGCUCUGCAGGAGAGGCAGGACCACCUGGAGAUUGACUAUGAAGUCAUGAGGGAGGAGGUGAAGGAGAUGGAGAACCUGGCCUCGCGGUUGGAGGAGCUGUGUCCAGAGAGAGUGCACGUACUCAGGGCCAAGAUCCAGGCCACGCUGCAGGCCUGGGCCGAGCUGGGAAGGAGCGUCGCGGAGAACAAAUCCCGGCUGCAGGAGUUCGUGCAGCUCCAGGACUUCUUCAGGAGCUACCUCGCCAUGAUCUCAUGGACAGAAGACACCAGGUCGUGCAUUUUCUCAGACACCGCCUUGCAUCCUGGGAAGGACGGGCAGAGGCCCCUGGCUGCAGAGCUGGACAUGCAGAUUGAGCUGAAGUUUGAGGAGUUUGAUGAGCUGGCGGCCGCAGGGAAGAACCUUUUAGACAGAGAACACCACCUCACACAGAUGGUGAGGGAGCGGUUGGAGGAACUGAGGAGUAUGCUCGGGUGGAUCCUGGUGCACUGGAGGGCUCAGAAGCAGCAGUGGCUUCACAAGAAGAGCAGACAGGAGCUUUCACAAGACAACAUUUAUUCUGAGGCAACAAUGUGCUCCACAUUAUCAGAGCUUCCUAAACCGAUUUCUGCUCCUGAGCUCCACGCCUACGAGUCCCAUCAGCCCUCGCUCGUUACCUCCGAAGACGAUAGGUCAAACGUGUCAGGAGACAGCCGACCCUCAUCCCUCCUACCCAGACAAACUGAGCAACAGAAAGAGGAGCAGUUAGAGGAUGGGUAUGAGGUCAUGAACAGUAUUGGACCACGGGGAGGUGAGGCCUCCCUCUCAGAGUCUCCCAAACCCUCUAUCUUGGUCCUCAAAGAGCCCAGCAGCCCCGCUCUCGGGGGCACGGUCAACCUCAUCCUCAGCUUUGGUAACAAAGGGGACAGCCAUGUUCAGGUGCUGGAGCCACCUGCUGGGUCGGAGGAGGGGGAGGGGGACACGUCUGAGCCUGUGCACAGGCCCACUCUGCCUCACUCCUCUUCCUGUAAAAACUUUUGGAGGCGCUGCCAGGGGCUUUUGGAAAAUACUUUGGGUAGCUUAAAGCGAAAGAGAAAGAUUUAUCGGCAGAGUGCAAACGAGGUAAGUACCUACUUGCAUGUCAAGGAUAACAACUUGGCUGCGGCCCCUGUGUAUGAGAGUAUCACCUUGCCCCGCCAAAAGAGCCGCUCCGAAGCCUCAGCCUCCCCAGCUUUCCUGCCAUCCUCAUCCUCCUCGCUGCCUUCCUCGGCGUCCACUCCACAGACGACCAACGUGACCUUCCGCCGCUCGACGGGGAGCGGCAGCAGCUUCCUGUUCAGCAGCCUCAAGAGAAUGGGCAAGAAGAGAAAGAGGAAGAGAGACGCUCGCAGACACACCAUCCAGAAAAUCAUGGGAGUGGAGGCGCAAGCGGACGAGGCGGCUCAAUACGGGUGCGAUGCCAUGACGUACGACACACACACGUGGCCGCUGAAGGAAAACAGGAGGAAGAGGAGUUCCCCAAAGUACCCAGCCGGUGGGAAUGGAGUAGAAGCUAUAGACUAUAUGAAGAAUCCUCUGUUGAAGGACAUUGAUACAGAGUGUUCAGGAGAAUACAGCACCAUUCCAUAUGUCGUAUCAGAAGGGCCAAACCCGCUAUCCUCCACAAGUCAGGUGAGGAGCCACUGCAGAUUCCUCUCCUUGGGCUCUGUGCUGAGCUUUGACCUGCCCAAGGACAUGACUCUCAUUCCCAGCAUCCAGGACAUCAUUACAAUCGCACCCCCUGAGUCCAAAAAAGGACCAGGGACUGAUCCGGACCCCCACUCUCAGAGACACUCAGCCCUGAGCUCCUUCAAACAGACUCGUCCCACUGCUGCCAUCACACACGGCUCCUCAGAGGUCAGCUUUCCUGAAACACAGACUCCGACCCCUGUAGUGAAGGCUCCGUCUGAUGCGGACAGGAGUUCCCAACCCCCACCUCCUCUUUCCCUGCGAGACGAUGAGGUUCAAGACAAACCAUGCAAAAUCCAGUGCUGUCUGCGCAAGGCUGCAGAGCAGGAUGGGGACAUGGAUGGGACCAGUCAGCCCUCCGAUCUCCCUAUUUAUGUGAAUCAAACCAAAAGUACAGCUGCACACAAACAUGAGUGCCUCAGUGUCCACACCCUCAUUAGAGACCUGAAUGGACACAAGUAUCACAAAUGUGCAAGACCCAAUAGUGUGCGUGAAGUGAGCCCAGGGCUCCAGUGCCUGAGCCAAGCUUCUCACAUGGUGGUGAAUCUAAAGUCAACAGUGAGCGUGAGCGUUCAUCAGGACUCGGUAGACUCUGGGAUCUCCACGCCCCCCAGCAGCAUCAAGGUUUGCGCUGAUGCACCACGUCCAGAUGUCCCACAGCCUAAGGUAGUGGUGGGGAGGCUUGUGUCCCUGCAGAUGGGAGGAAUAGACUGUUCUAAAACAAGACAGAACAACACAACACCCUUAGGUCCAUCUGCAGAGCAGCGAACAGAGCCUGUCCACCUGGACCACCAACAGUUUGAGGAGGAGGAAGAGGAGCUGGAGGACAUCUGGAAUCAGACGACUAACUACAGACAGAGCAUCUGCUCAGAUAUCAUGUACCAGCCCAGCCAGGACGAGUCUGUACCCUCAGACCAACCCAACGUUCCUCAUUCUCGCGUGCCUUCACCCAAGACCCCGGAUGUCCUCUACAGGAACCUGGUCACCGCCUCUGCGCCCAACCUCCUUGUGGCCGAGUUCAGGCUGCCGUCCAACAUUCAGAGCCUGCUGGGCUACGACAAGGAGCACAGGGGCAAAGUUCGCCUCCCUCCACUGGCCUCAGGAGACAGGAGGUCCUGGGCGGCGUUUCCGAACAGGGAACCAGCCGGCAAGAACAUGUCAGUGACAGUGAACGAGACGGCGUCCGAUCCCGUGAAGCUGCCAGACGUGGGCGACAAUCAGAGAUACAUUUAUCAUUACAGAGAGGAUGAGGAGGAGAAAGAGGAGGUGGAGGGGGCAAAGGUGAGGAAGGAGGCAGAUGAGCACACAGGUGGUUCGAAGGACCAGUCAAUGAGUCUGCUGUCGGUUCAUAUGGAUUUAGACUCGGCCUGUCAGCACAGAAAAUCCUCUCAAAGCCUCGACGACAUGGAGAAGCAGGACCAACUGAUGGCCACGGGAGGGCGCUGUUUCACGCUGAGCGGGAAGCCGGACCUGCAGUCGAUGGAGGGAACGCUGGAGAGGAAGCACAAGCUGCAGCUGGGAGGAAAGAAAGCAGCCUCCAGAGGUUGGAGCUCCUACCACGCCGUCUUACAUCGGCACACCUUGUGUUUCUACCAGGAUAGAAAGGAUACACUGAGGAGUUCUGCAUGUGGCCUCCCGCUGAACCUCCUGGGCGCCGAGUGUUCACCUGCGCCCGAGUACACCAAGAAACCCAACUGCUUCAGACUACAGCCUCGCGACGGGUCUGAAUAUCUGCUCAAUGCCCCCUCACGCUUCAUGAUGAAGAAGUGGAUGAUGAAAAUACAGGCAAACACUGGUCAGAGCCAGUCUGAAAUGACCAGUGUCCCUGUCGAUCAAGGCCGUCCUGUUUCCUUAAAUCCCUCGCUCUGCUCCGGCUGUCACGGCCUGGCCAAGUGCCACUGCUCCUCCCGCCAUGAUGUCACCUCCACGUUCCCCAGGCGCAAGCCACCGGGCGCCGCCCAAACCAAAGAGAUCGUUGUCCUCACCAGAGAGUUCAGUCAAAUGCCACCGAGUCCUUUAAGGAGCCUGGACGAGCACCCGACUUUCUCAUCGUCACACGGAAGCUGCUGUGAUGAUGAUGAAGGCAGAGCGAAGCAGACGGUGACUCACAGACUGUCUGCAGCCUCCAGCGGUCUCACCUCCUCCUCCCCUCACUCCCCCGUGUUCAGCGGCCAGGACUGGCUCAGCAACAAGCGCCGCUCCCACUCCUUCACAUCAGCCACCUACCAGAGGAUCAGGCCCCUGCUGCACCCAGCCGGAGGCCUGGAGAGAGGCUCCAACUACUGUGUGACCCUGGUGGUUGGAGACAAGUCGUCAGACGGCACGUCCAUCUGCAGGAGCUCUGAGUCCUCGGUGCUGGCCGCGGCUGAGUGGCAGCCGGACGCUGGUCAGGACUCUGCUCUGACGAGCUACGCCAGCCUGCCGCGACCACGCAAUAAGUCCGUCUUCAAGAAGUUCUUUGGGAAAAGGGACCUCUGAGUUUUUCUUUUAAAUGAUGAUUUUACUAAUAGAAAUACUUUCUAAUGUGCAGUGCACAUACUGAAUUAUGCAAAGAAGACGCUACUACUGACUGUAUUUAAGAUUGGAGGAGCUAUACCGUGGUUUUAUUAUUGAUGUGUUUUAUAUAGAUCACUAACGGAAGGACACGUCCUUUUUAAAGGUUCCUUUUUUAUUUAUAUGUCUCUUUUCUAAUUUUCUUCUGCAGUUGAAAGUGACAGUAUUGUGUGAUUGUGACAUUCAUAGAUAUAGAUUAGUUAACAGAAAAAUACAUUUUCCACCAGUCUUAAUAUUUGGAUUUUUUAUGGAUUGUGGUGUUUAUUGUUAAACCUCCUUACUCAGCAGAUAAUACGUUAAGAAAGCAGGGAUAUCAUAAUGACUAAGUUAUGGCUGAGUAUUAACAAUAUAUUUACAUUAACAAAAAAAUAAAAUAUAUAUAUAUAUAUACCAGAUCAUGACAGACCCCACCCCCUCACGUGUACAUGUGUGUUUCACUGAAAAAUGUUCCUCCUAGUAUACAAAUAGCAGUUUGAUACUGCAUGAGCUUCUUUGACAUUAUCACCUUUUAAAUACUCAUUGUAGCAAAGACUAUUCAUAAUAAAACGUUAAA